CCACCUCAAAUAAAGGCGAUAUAAUAUACUCUCCUUGUUUGUCUAAUCGAACGAUGUUCCCCUGAAUCUCAAGCAUACUUCACCGCCCUGCGACUUCGCCAAAAAGUAAAACAGUUUGCUCUUUGUUAAACUUCAGGUGCCAGAGAACAAAGAGCAUAAAGCUCUUUAGAGUUUCUGCGAUCAAGAAUGAGUAGAGGAAUGGCAUCAUUAACUCAAACCCAUUAUCCAAUAAAUACCUCCACUCUCAGGAGGGCACAUCCUAGAAGCCAAAAAUUAUUGAAAUCUGGAAAACUGUUCCAACUUCAAGGACUCUCUUUUCCUAGUAUUCACAUUAAUCAGUCCCGCGUAUGCUGCACAAAGUUAACUCCAUGGGAGCCAUCGCCUGUCACAUAUGCUCCUACGGAUAAGCAAAGUGAUAAUUUCUUGCAGAAUAGCGCCAAUAUAUUUGAAACCCUUGAUUCUAGUGAAACAGCAGAGUCUCCAACAGCAAAUGCUGAAGGGCUUAAAGAGACAAAAUAUCAGCCAGGCCUGCAGCUUCAGUUUUUAAAAUGGCCCAUGUGGCUUCUGGGCCCUUCCAUUCUCCUUGUGACUGGCAUGGUCCCAACAUUGUGGUUGCCAAUAUCUUCAAUCUUUCUUGGCCCAAAUAUAGCCAGCCUACUUUCCUUGAUUGGACUUGAUUGCAUCUUCAACCUUGGCGCAACGCUCUUUCUCCUCAUGGCGGAUUCUUGUUCCCGGCCUAAGAAUCCGAUGCAAGACUGUAAGAGCAAGGCUCCCUUCAGUUACCAGUUCUGGAACAUUGUUGCAACUCUUACUGGAUUUGUUGUCCCGUUGUUGAUGAUGCUUGGCUCUCAGAAGGGCGUUAGCGUUCUGCAACCUCAACUACCGUCCAUCUCAUUUGCAGUUCUACUAGGUCCUUAUCUUCUUCUCUUGUCAGUUCAGAUUCUGACUGAGAUGUUGACUUGGCAUUGGCAAUCACCUGUCUGGCUUGUUACCCCUGUCAUAUAUGAGUCUUACCGUGUCUUGCAGCUGAUGCGGGGAUUGAAGCUUGGGGUUGAGCUCAGCGCGCCAGCAUGGAUAAUGCAUUCGAUUAGGGGGCUAGUGUGCUGGUGGGUGCUAAUUCUCGGUUUGCAGCUUAUGAGGGUUGCUUGGUUUGCUGGUUUAACUGCUCGAGCUCGGAAGCAGCAACAAUCUUCUUCUGAUACUUCUGUUGCCAAUGGUGAGUUGGUGAUGACUGAUUGAUAUUGUUGUAAACAUAUUCUGGAAGACACAGAUUAAAGGUUAAGUAGACAUAGUUUUGUUUUAGCUAUGGGUGAUUUAUCCCAUCUGUGGACCAUACUGAUAGUGAUGCACAUCGAAUUGCCAUAUAUACAACUAAACUAUAUACAACUAAACUAGGUAUAAGGCUUAUAUGAUAACUGGGAUUUAUAAUGAAUGGUUGUCCUUGUUUUUCCA